AUGUCGUACGCCUCUGGGAGGCCGCAUCCAAACACAAUUCUAACACCCACUUCAUUGGAUUCGGCCCACACUGCCUACGGCUCGCCGACAGCACUGGCUGUCAAGUCCGAAUGGGGCGACAGCGGUGCGAGCCCUGGUGGAUCGCCAGACGAGGGGCCGUCAAAGAAGAAGCAGAAGCGCAACAAGCCAACUUUGUCAUGUCAUGAAUGCGUAGAAAGAAAGACCAAGUGCGACAGAGGAAGACCGAACUGUCUCGCAUGCAUCAAGCGACAAACAGAAUGCAAAUAUGCUCAUGUGGCAGAUCUUCUUGAGCAAACCACGCGGUCCGCUGCAAAUGGGACUAGGAUGACCAAACCUCCGAGAAGGAAGCUGUCUGGAGGAGCAAAAGACCUGGCCUCACCGAUCCCUAAUGUUGCCGAUAGAGGGUUCUCGUCUGGGCCGAUGUCUCGUGGAACUGUGGCCUCAUCUACCGGGCUCUUGUCUAAUAUUCCCUAUUCGUUGCCCACUGCAUCUAAAGUUUUCGGAGUAGGGGCAGAGCACCCUUUUGCAAACUACUGGACUUUUGAAGGAAGACUCGAUCAAGUCAUCGACGUCAUGCCCAAAGAGAAGGCGAAUGCCGAUCUGCUGAUUGCUCAGUAUUUUGAAUGCGUCGAUCCCGUCUAUCCGAUGGUGCAUAGACAGACCUUCUACGCCGAUUAUGCACAUUUUUGGACGCUGCUUCAUCAAGGCCAACAAGAGAGCGCGAAUCCUGCGUUUGUAGGGCUGAUCUUUGUCAUGAUGGCGUUGGGGACGCAGUUUCAAAAUGUCAUAAGUCCGGCAGACGGAAAAAAGAGCGCCGAAUUCUAUGCUUCUGCGUCAAACCAAGCUCUUCGUGUCGGCUGUUAUCUGAGUUCUGCUUCAAUACAGUCCAUACAAGCUAUGGUACUACUUGUUUAUUUCCUUAUCAAUGACAACCAUGCGUCGGACGGGUGGUCGUUCGCCGGAAUCCUCAUGAGGCAAGCAUAUGCUAUGGGUUUGCACCGAGACCCGAACAUCGUUUGCCCUGACGGGAGCAAAUUCGAGAAGCAGCAACGGCGGAAGCUCUGGCAAGCCGUGCUCCACCAGGAUACCUUCCUGACGAUAUUACUGUCUCUUCCGCCAAGUGCGACACACACCGACGUCAAUGUCGAUGAUCUUAUAGACGACCCCGACGACAUCGUGAGCACGGAUCCUAGAGACACGGCCUAUAUUCGCGGCUCGUGGUCUUUGGCCAACCUAGUGCAAGAAACCAUAUGCAGCCCUCGCUCACUUGACAUGCCCAUUUGCUCGACGCAGCGUCAAAAGUCGAAGCUGAUUUCCGACUUCCGCGCCGUGUAUCGGUCUUUUCCGGACAUAUUUCGUUCGUGGGACCAGGAAUCGCUCACGCAUCUUGCCGAUAGCAACAAGCGCAUCGUGCGGCAGACGCUCUUCCUAACGAGUAAUUACUACCACAACCUAAUGUUGGUGCAUGCCUCCGAGAGUGCAGACGUUCCGGUCAACGUCCGCGCGACUCUCGAGGCGGCGCAUGAGGCCAUCAAUGCGUUUUUCAUGCUUUACAGCCUUUUCGACCACGAGGCCAGGGUCUGGUGGGUAUUUAAUCAUCGGGCUUUCCUUGAAGCAUUGUGCAUCGGUAGUGUCUUGCGCGAGACGGCCAGGGAAGUCGAACCCGACGAGGCGGACAAGUUUGAGAGGGAUCCGCUCUUUGCGAGGGCGCGGUCGGAUUUAACUCGUAUGAUACAAAUCAUGCAAAUCAUGGCUGAAGGGGUGCAGGGGUCAGAGGUCGCCAGAACACGGGUGGCUGUCUUGAGCGAAUUUCUCUAG